GGUGGAUUUUGGAUAAUGGUGGGUCUGUUACUUUGUUGUGAAGCUCAUGGUUAUCUAAUAUUCCACUUGACAGAUCACCUUUGACGUUUAAUCUGGGAAAAUGGGCGAAUCUAUCGACUAAAAACAGAAAAUGAGACGAUGCUUGCUAAUUUGCUAUGGAGAUGGUUGAAGCCAUUGCUUCCAAUCCAAUCUCUGUUAAUCCAUGUGCUAAUUGAUUGGUGCGGGUCGAGUCAAAUAUUCUAAAAUCAGGUUGCGUGACUUCAUUACCUCUCCUUCCCAUAACAUGAAUGAUGGUAUAGCUCUUUAAGUGAUCGUUGAAAGCUCAGAUUUGUCGGAAUAGGUUUUCUCAUAGAUCCCUCUUAGCUCAUUGUGAUCCCAUGUCUAAUUCUUUGUAUUGUGACUGCUGUAAGGGAAGGAAGACAUUAAUCAUAUCCUAUGCCAUUGUGAUCUUGCUAAACAAACCUGGCAUAUUCUUAAUCACAAGCUUAACCUGAAUCAAUCUUUCAGGACAGUAUGACUGAUGAUUGAGUUUGGAGCAUUAUUUGUUAUAAUGGUUGACUACUUAGAAGGAAUACGAGAGUUUUCGCGGUAAGCACGGUAUUGCACAUGAAAUUACCAUCUAUGUUAUCAGGCAUGCUAAAGAACUUAUUCGAGCAACAUAUGAUGAUACUUCCAAUGAUGCCUCAAGGCUUUGGCGACCUUCAUGCUCUUCGAGCGCUCCCUCUAAAAGGGACUGGAGCUGGAAGGGCACCUGUUAUUUGCUAAAUCUGUCUCAUUGCACAGUUACGAAAGCUGAACUAAGAGCUGCAUGGGAGAGGCUACGAACUACUGUCAUCUUUAGCCUAAUGCAACUUAGGUUGAGGGUGAUCCCUCCUUCAUUGGAUUCAAACUUCUCACUUGCAAACACAGCCAUACUCAUCCAUUAUUAGUAGAUAUUUAACUAUUCAUCCGUUAUUUUUAGGAAGCUAGGGGUUGGGAGGGUUGGUGAGCAGGAAUUCCCUUCCCGAAUCAACUACCUUGGGAAAAAGAUAUCACCUUGAAUGAAUUCUUACAUGUAAAGCAACAGUUUUUCCCUUGGAAAGGAUACAUACAAGAUGACAAGGAAAGUUGGUGCUCCAAAUGGCCUUCUACAUCAAUAGAUGAGCCCCUUUUCCAGACUUUCGUACUUUAUUAAGAUUCAAAAUCAACAAUAGAACUACUAGAAGCCAAGAAUAUAAUCCUAACUUGCCUAAUAAUGCGUAAGUUAGGCUUUGCUUCAAAGAAAAAGCUUGUUGAAGCUUAAUGGGGAAGAGAUAUGUGCUGUAUUCAAAAGGACAGAACAGAAUGAGUUGCAUGAAAUGGAGGCCAUUGUGCAAUGGAUAUGCCCAAAUUCCGUCUUUUCCAAACCAAGGAUUCUUUCUGAGUGCGUGCGGAACAGCACAUCCUAACUCAUCCACCAAUUGAAAGUACAGAAUUAUCUGAUUAGCCUAAUUUAUAGGAUAAUGAUGAAUAAACCUAGAUUAUCGGUUUUAAAGAACAAGCAAACUUCCUCAUGUGCAGAAUCUGAAACAGAUGAAUAAGUUUCAUUAGUUGAUAAAGGGAAUAUGGAGUCAGGAGAUGGUAUUAGAACAGAUAGGUUGGUCAUCAUUCAAAGACCUCGAGUUCUCUGCUCCAAAUUCCUAAUAGAAAGAGAAAAUUCUACUUUUUCACAGUAUAAAACUCUCCCAUGUAAGAAUCAGUGUAAGCAACCUAUUGAGUUUUGACUUAUCUUAGUGGACCUCAAGUUCACUGUUAUAUAACCAAGUUUUGCAUGCAUAGAGGGGUUUCUAGUAAUACAAGCUCCUUUUCAUGGCUUCUAGUUUUGUUCCAGACGUAUGGGGAUGGAUCAAUAACCUUUCUCCAAUCACCCAAUGGAACACAAAUUUCAGAUCUCUUUGCAUCUGUACGACAACAUCAACACAUCCCUCCAUGAAUCUCUCAGUCACCAAAAGCUCCCAGCGCCAAAACACAUAUGUCUCCUUCUCCAUCUAUGCAUAUUUUAAUAUGCCAAUCUCCCUCUGGACAUCCAGUCCUAUUCACCUGAAAACCAAAACUCAGCCUUCCUUGGAAGAAGAAGAUGUUCUCCAUCUCUUCUUUGAUAUCAUCAAUAGUGUUCUCAUGUACGGCCCCAAUAAGAAAUCCUCUUUGAGAUUCCCUGCAGUACAAAUUAUAGAUGAAUUCAGAGAUGUGUUCAAUAUUGCAUUCCUCACUCUUGCUUUCCUUAUCUGCAUCUAUGAAGCCCCUAACAACCUUCGCCGAGGAUGCCUGGACACUUUGAGGAUCCAAUUAGCAAGCUCAAGAUCCAGAGAAGCAUCAAAGCUUCUUGUGCGAAUCCUUGGAUCCAAUCUUGAAGAGCAAUGGAUGAGAUCACUAAACCUUGCUGUAACGAACUGGAUUCUAGAGUUUCAAGCCUCCAAUCACUCGUUUAAAACACCUUCACCCCUGUUUUCACAUGCCUUCUCUGCAAGUGGGCUAUGGAAAGUACAAUUAUAUUGCCCAAUCAUAGCCAUGAGCAUCGAUGAUCCUGGCACUACAACACAGGAUGAACGUCUGCUCUUUUCUCUGAAGUACCAACAACUUGAAGGCGUCAUCCAACUUGCUUACAAGGUCAUCUUCCGGGAGAGCUGGAUUGAUGUGGUGGUGACUGUGGACAACAUAAGAUGCGACGUGAACCCACUGGUAUCUGAAACUCUAAUGGCUGAACGAGGCUAUGGAUCUAAGGAGAAACACUUUCCAUCUCGUAUAGCUUUGCAACUCACUCCAAUGCUGCAGUCUGAUGUGUUGUCGGUUUCAUUAAGUAAAUCUUCUGACAAUCCUACUCAUGAAGUUAGCCUCGAGAAGGCCCUUGAAGGCUCAUUUGAUCCCCCAAAUUCUUAUUUCGGUUUCAAAGUCUCAGCCACAGAAACCGUAACUAUGAGCAUGAAACCAUGGAAAUUUGAGCAAUCAGCAUAUGGAGAUAGUGCGACUUUGAAUUGGUUUCUUCAUGAUGCGGUGAAAGGAAGAGAAGUGUUCUCCUCCAGGCCUUCAAAGUUCGAAUUACUUCAACCAAGAGCAUGGUUUAGAGACCGUGACUCAAGUGCCUCCAGGCCUUUUACAAAACAAGGAGGGGUGAUCUUUGCAGGUGAUGAGUAUGGAGAGAGUGUGAAGUGGAAGGUGUGUGGAAGAGCUUUAGGGAAGAAAAUGGAGUGGGAAAUCAAAGGCUGGAUUUGGUUAACCUACUGGCCCAACAAACAGAGAACCUUUUAUAGUGAAACAAGGAGGUUAGAGUUCAGAGAAUUACUCUACCUUCCCCUUCGAAAGUAGCAUGAGAUUAGGAUUUAUGCCACUCAUACAAAGUAAGAUUGUGUUGCUGCCAUGUAAAUUUGUGCUUGGCCAAUGAUCUGUAUGAUUGUAAUAUGUGAACUAUGAAUUUAUACAAUUCUAUUCUUGUUAAACACCUAAUGAUCUAUGUUAAGACAAACAAAUUCCCAAAACUUGUGGUGUUAGGUGAUCCUAUUGCUCCACCAGCACAAGCAUACAUCAGCCCUAAAUCUUCCGACUUACAGUUACGUGACAAGAGUUGCCUUAUUCUAUAAGCUAGAGUAGAAAGGCAUACCAUAUUCUACUAAGACUUUAAGCAUAUGGAAGGCUCUCUGUCAAAGAGAGAGCCCUUAUUUAUUUAUUACCAAUGGAUUUGUUUCUACGCCAGGGAAGAUUAUUCAUUUGUUCUCCUAGCUCAUAUAACAUUUGUAGAGCUGGUUAACAACCGUUCAGCUAAGAAAGCUGACAAACAAGGACAUAGAAGUGGAUGGGUAGUGCUACUAUGAGACUGGAGACAUGAUACUACAGAUAUGAAUUUAUUCUACUAUAUAUCCCUCAAGCUUCCGAGUGAAUCUUCAUAAAGCUCCCCAUUUCUGUGACUCCACGUUACACAUGCCAUGCUCUUGUCAACAAAAUUGGAUGAACAGUAAUUGACUAAUUGGAGAACUCAUCGGCUCUUACAAGCUUUUCAUAAUGUGAGCCAAGCAACCAUCAGAAAAAUAUUAAACUACGACCAGUGCAUGACUGCUAAUGGAACCUUUAACAAAAACGAAAGAAGAAGAACUGAGCUUUCUGCCUAGAGAAUUUAAGUAAUGUUUUUGACCAUUCAUGCCUUUUUCUAUAUUAAAUAUAUUAUUUAGCGGCAUAUAGACUUAUAGAGAUUACAUGAAGCCAACAUCAUGACAAAACACUCAAGCUAACUAAUGCAUAAAUUGUGAUCCCCCAGAUUUUAUACCAAAAUAUAACCAGGUCAUUUUUUCCAAUGUUUUUGACAUUAAGAUUGACUAACAAAAUAAAGCAAUGAUAAAACUACUGAAGAUAAAGAUACUUGCAACCAAACAUGUCCUGCAGAUUCCACUAACUCAGUUUGAGUAAUGAAAAUAGAAUCAUCAGAAAAUGAUACUUUACCAUAAUCACAAAGACAAUCAGCUGAAAUAGAAAUCAUGCAGAAUCCAGUAUUUAUGUAUUUAGUAACACCACUAGUUCAGAUAAAGAUGACCACGAUACUGGCAACUUGAUGUUCUUCCAAGUAGAUAUGAUCAACAGUAAAAUAUCACAGUUAACUGA